AUGGCCGCGUAUUUACUAUCUCAACUAAUCAACAGUCACCGGCGGCGCCUACACACUUAUUUGCAACAGACCUCUUAUCUAUCUAUCUAUCUAUCUAUCUAUCUAUCUAUCUAUCUAUCUAUCUAUCUAUCUAAUCACGGGCAAUCUUCUUCUUAUUAUUCUUCUUCUUUUUCUUUUUCUUCUUUUUCUUCUUUUUCUUUUUCUUCUUCUUCUUCUUUUUCUUUUCCUUCUUCUUUUUCUUUUUCUUCUUCUUUUUCUUUUUCUUCUUCUUCUUCUUCUUUCUAUUCUUCUUCUUCUUUUUAUUCUUCUUUUUCUUCUUCUUUUUCUUUUUCUUCUUCUUUUUCUUUUUCUUCUUCUUUUUCUUUUUCUUCAUAUUUUUCUUCGUUUUCAUAUUUUUCUUCUUCAUAUUCUUUCUUUCUUCUUCUUCCUGUUGUUGUUGUUGUUCUUCUUCGUAUUCUUUUGCUUCUCCUUCUUCAUAUUCUUUUUUUCUUCUUCUUCCUGUUCUUCUUCUUCCUGUUGAAAAUCCCGUCGCCAAUUUGUCACCGUGACGAAACUGAAAAUCGGCCAUUCAUCAUGGUACCCACUAAGCACGACUAUUUGGCACGUUGCCGUGCAGGCAUUGCCAGAUACAAAUUCUUUGACCAGGCCCCAACCCCUGAAUUGUUGAGGGAGGCCCAGUUGAAGUGUGGAGAACUCAGACUCCCGAUCCCACGUAAUGAAAAAGGAGAUAUCUUACCUUACCCUUCGCCCAAAAGCAAGGCAGAUAUAUUCAAUUUGGAACAAUACAAGGAAAUUGACAACCAUGCUCUUCAGGCCCCGAACAGUCUGCACUCUGUCGAGCUGAGUGAGCUGGUUAAAUACUUGCUGAAGCCGGCCCACAAUGACGUGGCCAAAGUCCGUGUUAUCUUUCGCUGGAUUUCCGGGCAAGAUUUGUUGAGAUACAAACACAUCCAGGGCGCCCCCAGAGAUUCGGCGGCAAUGUACCUCAACGAACUCAAACAGAACAAAGGAAGUUACGAAUCCCUAUUUCGGCAAAUGUGCUCAUAUGCCGGUAUCCCAUGUGAAAAGAUCACAGGUUAUGCUAAGGGCGUUUCCUACAAGGUCGGCGAGGAUGUUCUGGAAAACGCACGCAACACUUGGAACGCCGUUUUGGUAGACAAUACUUGGCGCCUGAUUGACAUGCAAUGGGCCUCCCGACAAGUGGUCACGCAGGACCAGGGCGAAUGGGAGCUUAUUGACGACGGCACCGGAGCCAAGCCGACCAAAUCCGACGAAGCAGAUGUCAGCUACGACAUUUAUGCCUACGAGGAAUUCUAUUUUCUCUGCGACCCUGAGGAGUUCAUUUACAGCCAUUUCCCCGACGAAGAAGUUUGGCAGUUGCUUGCCAGACCCAUGACCUUUGUUGAAUUCCAGAAAAUUGCAUACCUGAGAUCCAAGUUCUUCGAGCUUCAUCUAACCGUCAUAUCCCAUCCGUGGUGUGUGCUCCAGGCCAUAAGUGGAGAAGCCAAUCUGGACUUAGGUUAUCGCUCUGAAACUAUGAAAUUCUCUUACAACCUGUACCGUUCGACCAAGGUAGAACACAAACAAAUUCAAGCCAAUUACGACAUGGAUAAAUUCCUCUUUUUGGACGCUGUACCAGACGAGAAGAUUCUCAGCAUGGAAAUAUUCUUCCCUACAACCGGAAAGUUUAAGGCUGAAUUAUUUGGACGAGACACAACCGAAUCUGACACCGUUCUAAAAUGGCUAUGCACAUACGUCUUCUAUUGUGAGACCCCCAAGACCGACUGUCGACCCCUCCCACAAAAUCCAAGAAAGGAAUGGGGUCCUGGCUCUGACACCAUUAGCAUGGGAAUGGAACCUCUUACCCACAAAAGAGGCAAAAUCAAUGUUGAUGAUGGCGAAGUUGAAGUGAAGUUUGCUCUCAAAGAGGACCGCGAUUUCCUUCACAGAUUAACCACCGAAGACAACAAAACACUUGACAAUUACACUGUCCAUCGCAUAGAGAAUGGUGAGGUCAUUUUCAACGCAAGAGUUCCUGGAAAAGGACAGUACAUGUUGAGUAUCAUGGCCAAAGAAAAUGACCAAGAUGGCGGCUAUCCAAGUGUCUGCAAUUAUCUUUUGCGAUGCGAGGAGGAAUUCCCGCCAUUGGAGCCGUUUCCUGAAAUCCCAAAUGGAGAACUUGGACCUACAGAUGAAUUCAAGAAGCUUAAAUUGGAGCUGUUGGACGGUGCCAAUUCUAUGAUAACCGUCGACAAAUCAGGUCAGACUACUUUCAAAAUGAAAAUUCCUAAAGAUGUCGAAUUCUUUGCCAAACUGGGACUGCAGACACCAUCAGGUGUCGAAGACAAAUCCGAAUAUGUUUCAUGGUACCGAGAUGGAGAUAUCGUCACCUUUGAUCUCCGCUUCGCCCAAAAAGGAUCGUAUCGUUUCAAUCUUUUUGCCAAGCCUGCUGGCCAACCCGGUGGCUUUCCCAGGGCGUUUAGCUCCAUCAUUGAGGUGCCCAUACCAAUGUUGGUUGCUAUGAGCUUUCCUGAGAAAUACGCCGGAUGGACGGACGAGUGCAAAUUGAUUGAACCGUUCAACAAGGAUAUUGCAGCUAAGGAAAACAUUCAGUUUGCAGCUGUUGUGCCUGAGGCCAAAGCCGUAGCCGUAGUUGGCAACGAAUGGACCCAGCUGAAGAAAGACAACGACGGAAUCUGGAGAAAUUCUGUCUACACUAUCGAAGAAGGAAAACCCAUGUUUUUGUCUGCCAAAUUCGACGCCGAAGGAAAUUCUUUCUCUCACUUGCUCAAAUACAACGUGGUACCCAAGUCAAAGAUCGAAGAGAUGGCUCGCGAACAGAGCAGAGCUCACCACGAAGCUGACCAAGAGUACCAAGAAAGACAACGUAUGAAAGAAGCACUGAAAAAGAAAGGGGAGGAGAAACGCAAGCAAGAGGCCCUGGAGAAAAAGAGGCGAAUGGAACUUCAAGUUAUGGAAGAUGGCGAACGGAAACAGAUCGAGGAAAGGUUCGACUUCGAAGACUCCGGCAAAGGCGAUAGUGCCACGGCCAAGCGUCUCGAAGAAGAACGCAAGAAGAGAGAAGAAGACAGGAAAAGAAGAGUGGAAGAGAUCAAACAAAGGGACGAGGAACUUACCAAGAAACGGGAAUAUCCUCGUUCUGCAACAGGUGACCCUGUUUGGAAAGGUCGAGGUUCCAAAUCGGCCGACGCUCUUCGAGAUCAACUGAAACUCGCCAUGAGACAGAAAAAUAAAACUAACCUGGAAAGAGCUAUCGCUGAAUGCGAGGCAUCCAGGCUUCCUGAAUUGGAAUCUGAUCUCUAUCAAGCCAAAUCCGUUUUAGAUACUCUACAUCGUGGCCCUACCGGUAGUGUAAAAUCUCCAGAUAUUUUGCGAGAUCAGCUAAAGAUGGCAACGAGAUCAAAGAACAAACAGGCUCUUGAAAAGGCAAUUAUCGAAAGUGAAGCUUCAGGAUAUAAAGAAUUGGAUUCAGAUCUUCAAAAGGCUAUAAAAGUUUUUGAAAGCCUUGGUGGCGUACACCCAGGUAGUGUAAAAUCUCCCGAUAUUUUGCGAGAUCAGCUAAAGAUGGCAACGAGAUCAAAGAACAAACAGGCUCUUGAAAAGGCAAUUAUCGAAAGUGAAGCUUCAGGAUAUAAAGAAUUGGAUUCAGAUCUUCAAAAGGCUAUAAAAGCUUUUGAAGGCCUUGGUGGUGUACGCCCAGGUCCUCAGAAAAUCGACGUUCUACGGGAACAGCUAAGAGAAGCCAUGGCACAGAAGAAUAAGACAAGCUUGGAGAAAGUGAUCCGUGAUUGCGAAGCGGCAGUAAUACCGGAAUUAGGACUGGAGCUUAGUAAAGCGCGCAACAUGCUGGAAACAAUAAGUGGUAGUCGUGGAGGCAUCAAGUGUUCCGACUCUUUGCGUGACAAACUCCAGGCUGCCAUGAAAUCAAAGAACAAAAUCGAAUUAGAGAAAGCUAUCGAUGAAUGCCAAGCAUCUGGAUUCCGAGAACUGAUGACCGAUGUCGAAAAAGCCAAUAAUGUUUUAGUAUCAGUUGGUGGCAAACGAAGAGGACCAAAGUCUCCCGAGGUUUUGCGAGAUCAGCUACGGACUGCCAUCAAACAUCGCAAUAAGAAAGAGCUGGAGCAAGCCAUCCAAGAGGCCGAAGCUAGCAACUACCCAGAUUUGCAAUCUGAAAUUCUCUUGACCAAGCAGGUGCUCAAGAGCAUUGAUGUAGAUCGUCCAGGUUCCAAGAGCCCGGAUGACUUACGCAAAGAAUUAAAGACUGCCAUUAGAAGCAAAAACAAGGACAGCCUGGAGAAGAUUAUCACAGAAUGUGAACAAUAUUCUUAUCCUGAGCUUGGCUCCGACUUAAGGGAGGCCCGUGAUAGCCUGGGAAGCCUUGGAGGUGGUCGUGGAGGAAGCAAGUCCCCGGAAAUUUUACGAGAGCAACUUGCAUCCGCCAUGAAACAGGAAGACAAAUACAUGCUGGAGAAGGCUAUAAACGAAUGCGUGUCAGCCGGCUUCUCCGAACUCGAUUCUAAUAUUCACCAAGCCAGAGACGUGCUUAGUAUUUUGUCCGGUGGUCAAAGAGCGCUAAAAUCUUCCAUUCAAGAAUGCGAAGAAGCUGGUUAUCCAGAAUUAGGAGUAGAACUCCAAAAAGCACGUGACACUUUAGAAACACUUGGAGGCGGUCGAGGAGAUGUCAAGACCGCAGCAAAUUUGCGUGAACAACUCAGGGCCGCCAUCAAAGAAAGUGAUCGUAACGCCCUGGAGAAAUUGAUCCUCGAAUCUGAAGAUACGGCAUAUCCUGAGCUUGGUGCAGACCUUCGUCGAGCCAGAAAAACUCUAGAAAAGCUUGGCGGAGGACGUGGAGGGAAAAAGUCAGCGGAAAAACUUCGAGGGCGUUUGCAACUGGCGAUGACACAAAAAAACAAAGUUGAAUUGGAAAAAAUGAUUAAUGAAUGUGUUGCUGCUGGUAUGUCUGAACUUGAUGAUGAUAUUCAUCAGGCCCGAACUACGUUAGACGUUUGGAAAGGAGGAACAGGAGUUAUUGUCUCACCCGACAACCUGCGAGACCAACUUCGAAUUGCAGUGAGGAAGAAGACUAUCCCAAGUCUGGAGAAAGCCAUUGAAGAAUGUGAAGCUGCAGGCUAUCCAGAAUUGGGCUCUGAGCUUAGUAGAGCCAGAGAAGCCCUGAAAAGUUUGAAUGGUGAAAGAGGAGAUAUAUCUGUAUUUCUCUAUCUAUCUAUCUAUCUAUCUAUCUAUCUAUCUAUCUAUCUAUCUAUCUAUCCGAACAACCUUUCUUUCUAUCUAUCUAUCUAUCUAUCUAUCUAUCUAUCUGUUUGUCUAGUGACACAAAUCACCAGAAGAACUCCGCGAAAAAUUGACACUGGCCAUACGCCAAAAAAAUCGCCCGACCCUCGAGAGGGCUUUAAAACUCCCGACGCCCUUCGUGCCAGACUCAACACAGCCAUUGCGCAGAAAGAUAAAAUGGCUUUGGAAAGGGCCAUUAUUGACUGUGAAGAAGCAGGCUAUCCUGAAUUAGGAACUGACCUUCGCAAAGCUAGGGACACUUUGGAGACUUUAGGCGGAGGCCGUGGAGGAAUCAAGACCCCUGGGGCGCUUAUCGAGAAAUUGAAGCGAGCUAUGCGACGAAAAGACGUUCAGAGCCUUGAAAGAGUGAUUAAUGAAUGUGUAGCUGCAGGAAUGCCAGAACUUGAUGAAGAAAUAAGCAAAGCACGGGAACUUCUUGAGGAACUGGGCAAAAUCCCAGAAGAGCUCGAUCCCGAAAUACAAGAAGCAAGAAAUAUUCUCAAAGAACUAGAAUAUGAAGAAGGUGUGAAAACGCCUGACGUUUUGCGUCAGCGUCUACGAAAAGCUGUAAAGAAGCAAGACAUAUCUGACUUGGAGAAAGCAGUGAGCGAAUGCGAGGCUGCAUCCUUACCGGAACUGGGCUAUGCCCUUCGGGAAGCUCGCGAUGCCCUAAAAUCAUUAGGAGGAAGUCCCGCAGGAAGCAAAACAGUGGAAUCAUUGAAAGGAAAACUGUUAAAAGCGAUGGAGAAAAAAGAUAAAAGUGGCCUGGAUGAAGUUAUAAAUGAGUGCGUCUCAGCUGGGCUAGCUGAAUUGGAUUCAGACAUUGACCAAGCUAGAAACACACUGGACCAACUGAAAGGCGGGAAAGGAGGAUUUAGAUCAACAUCAAGCUAUCUUGACAGACUGCAGAAAGCCGUAAAAGAAAAAGACAAAGCCUUAUUACAAAAAGCCAUUAACGAAUCUGUAGCGGCAGGGAAACCCGAGCUGGACUCCGAAAUCACCAAGGCUCGGUUCGCUCUUCGUUCGCUUACGGGUGACACACGAGAUUUAAAAUCGGCCGAGGAGUUACGGGAUAAGAUGAGGCGAGCCCGAAAGGAUGGCGACAUUACAGCCUUAGAGAAAGCGGUUAGAGAGUGCGAGGAGGCCGGAUACCCGGAAUUGAGUUAUGACUUAAGUAAAGCCAGAGACACGCUUGAGACGCUGAAUGGCGGGCGCGGAGGAUCGAAGACGCCCACCACUCUCCUCGGCAAACUGAACCGAUCAAUCAGACGGCAUGAUAAAGACGCCAUUGAAAGAGCGAUUACCGAAUGUAUCGCGGCGGGAUUUCCUGAACUGGAUUCCGAAGUUCAACGAGCCAGAGAAGCCGUUAAACAACUGGAGCGAGAGAACGAAGGUAUCAAGGACCCGGGACGUUUACGAGACAAAAUCAAACGAGCCAUUGGUUUGCAAUCAAAAGUUGGCCUUGAGAAAAUUAUUGAAGAGUGUGAAGAAGCUGGAUAUCCAGAAUUGAUGGAUGAUCUACGAAUGGCCAGAGACACCCUCGAACAUUUGGGUGGAGGGCGCGGAGAAUCUCGUAGUGAGUUUCAACCGGCUGAUAUUUUACGAGACAAAAUUAGCGCCGCUGUCAGGCACAGGGACAAAGAUCAGCUAAUGAAGGUUAUUGAUGAAUGUGAAGCCGAGGAAUAUCCGGAAUUGAGUGCUGAUCUGCGAAAGGCCAGGGACACGCUUGACCAAUUGGGAGGUGGUCGAGGAGUGUGCAUCUAUCUAUCUAUCUAUCUAUCUAUCUAUCUAUCUAUCUAUCUAUCUAUCUAUUCUUGA